AACCAUCUCCAACAUCUUCAGUGGUUAAUUGACAUGAUUCGAUUGGAAAGGGAAAAUAUGCCCAAAACCAUAAUUUUUUGUACGACAAUGCAAGAUGUGGCCAAAUUAAGUGGACACCUUCUUGGAAUGCUUGGUGCCGAUGCCUAUGUUACUGACAAGCCUUGUGUGCCAGCGAACCGACUGCUUGGAAUCUAUCAUUCCAUGACUUGGCCAAAGUACAAGGGCAGAGUAACUGAUUCCUUCAAGCAAGAUAGUGGCUGUGUUAAGGUUGUGGUUGCAACCUCUGCGUUAAGUAUGGGGGUCAACUUCCCAGAUGUAAAAUUUGUCAUACACAUUGGUCCUGCACGGAGUACAGUUGAUCACAUUCAGGAGGCAGGACGGGCAGGUCGUAAUGGAAAACCUGCACACAAUGUGAUCAUUUAUCACGGCAAUCAACUCUCACAAUGUGAUAAGUCAGUCAAAACGUUCUGUAAGACAGACACUUGCAUACGCAAGGCCUUGUUUGAAGAGUAUGCUGCUGUGGAAAGUUUAACAUGUCUGCAUGACUGCUGUAGCAACUGUGAGAAGAAGUGUUUAUGUGGCGGGGGUGAGUGCAAGCGAGAGGCAUUUCCUUUUGACAACCCCAUGGGAUCUUUGCAAUCAAAGAGCACUAUUACAACCCAGAGAACUGUAAAUGCUGAGGAUCGCAAUGUUCUCCAUGAAGCCUUAACUGAGUUGCAAAGCAAUUUGAAUGGUCCCACAUUGUCAGUGUUUGGAUCUUCUAGUGCUCACGGAUUUUCCACUGAGCUUAUCAAUGAGCUUGUGGCAGAAGCUUCCUCGAUAUUUUCGGUUUCUGACAUUUUAAAGAGGUUUCCUGUAUUUAACAUUGUUCAUGCAAAGAUGGUUCUGGAAAUAUUUCAAGAAACCUUUGAGGACAUAGCCUGCUUCGAGGAGAUCAUGCAGGCUUUGCCUGAAGAUUUGUUCAAUUUCUUUGACAAUCCUGGAGAAAAGGAGCUUACCUUUGAGACAUUCUCUUCUUCAGAGAGUGAACCAGAGGAAUACAAUUCUCAUGAACUGGAAAACUUGUAGGUCCAUAUAUCUCAUAGGUUCUUUUCAUUCUUAUUACUUAUUUAAGACUAAAACUGUAAGAAGUCCUUCAGGAUUGCCAUGUGGGUUACCUUUUUGCCUCUUGCCUAACCUGAGGUCUGCAGUUCCGUUUAGUUUGCCGUCACUUGCCCACUGGCCAACAGGGACUGCUUGCAGUUUUUAGACAUAGGCCACAUAGUGACAACCCUGAUAGUACCUAUGUUCUCAACCAAUACAUGUACAUUAUAACAGACAGUGUUUCACAAACCAGAGAGUCUAAAGUGCCUAGCUUUUAUUUGCAAUCAGUCAAGUUAUUUUGAAAAACUUAAUUUUGUAGGUGAUUACUUAUUUGUACCAACAUAGGAUGCCUGUGCCAAUUCAUUUUCACUUGUUCUUACCAUUAUUCAAUUUGCUGCUUUUCUAUGUACAACAUUUUAUUUAAGUUAUAAUUUUAUUAUUCCUCGUCAUUUUACAUCAUGGGCAUGGGCAUGUUCAAUUUCAUCUAAUUAAAAGAUAAUCGAACUAUUACCUAGCUGGCAUUUCAAUCUAUCCUGUCACUGAUAGGUCUUUUUUUUGGAUUUUUCACAGAGAAAUCCCAAAACAGACCAUAUUUGCAUUUUGGGAUAUUCCUACCAUUCUAAUGUUUCUCAUAAUCGGACAACACAUUUGUGCUGAUUCAGGAUUUCUUAACAAAGGGACUUUUGGCUUAUAAAGGAAUUUGCAUGAAUGUGCUCGCUGAUUUAACAGGCAAUUUCUAAGACGGGGUUUACUGCCCUUGACUAUAGAUUUCCUUCCAUAUUUUCAACUUAUCCCUUACCCAAUGAUAGAAUUGUGCAUAAUCCAACUGAGAAAUUAUGUUAGAAUUGAACUUGGCAAAGCCAGAAUAACCAUCCCGUUGAGGGCACUUGCAAAAAGCAUUGAUACUGUUGAGAUCAGACACAAUCUGCAACACUGACUCUUCAUGACCUUUCCCACCGCGAACUUUGGAUGGCACUGUACAUCUACAAUCCUUGUCAACAGAGUUAAGGAUCAUUUCGAUUCCGUUUAAUGCAGCUGCUAUCCUCUGAGCACUUUCUUCAUUGACAUUUGCCCCAAGAGCUUUCAAGCAGGCUUUCAGCAAAUUGUUUAGAUGCUCUAACCGUAAAUCAAGGGGAAUAUUCCUACCUAUUCUUCCUGAAGUGUUACAAAAGCGGUUGGACAUAAGGCUAAAUGCUUCAGAUUGAUUUAGUAUGGCAUGAACACGCACCAACAAAAGCAGAGUCACAUAUGCAUACUUUGUAUGACCAUAACAAGAAAAAAUCAACAAGGCCAAUUUGUAUAGUGAAAGCAGUCUUUGUCCAUCCCCUUCUCUAAUGGCAUCCCCAAAAUCGGACAACAAGAGUCCAUAUGUCAGCUUGGCUUUGUGAUAGUUGAAGACAUGGUCUUCCUUUUUCUCUUCUGCAGAAUUUAUAACAUGGCCAGUCUCAGGGCUGCUAGUGUAUGUAGCUUGCAAGUCAGGAUGGGAUUGCUUCUCAUGUCUACCCCAGAAAAAAGUAAUUCGUAACAUUAUUGUUAGUGGGUGAACUUAUCCCCAUGCAAAACAAACAUAUUGGACCAUGAAGUAUAUAUCCUCACUACAUAUGAAAGUAGGGAUGGUAAUGCUUUUUAUGUCAACAACCAAACAGUAAUUGUUAAUUGGUGAAAUUCUGAGUGUUAGCAGGUGAACUUAUCAUUUCAUUUAUGUACUAAAAACAACUGAGGUGUUGUAUUUGGUCACUUAAGAGAAGCUUACGUUUUUAGUAAAAUUAUAGUUCCAGAAAUGGCAACAUUUAAACAUUAUAGGAGCCUUUGUUUUGUCUUUUGCAGACCUUAUAUCACACUAAGUAAUAAUUACUUACCUGUUUCUUGUGGCUUUAGUUUUGUACACCAGACCACAGCUUCCUCUGCAUCUGUAAUAACCUUCUGAGUCUAGUGGUGCCGAAGGAUCAUUGUCUUGAAUGGCAAGUUCAGGAUGGGCCUCAAUCUCAUGCCUAUUGAAAAAUUACUCAGUUAUCUUAUUUUGAUGAAACACAAUUAUGUUUUGUUUGAGUGAUUACCAUCAAAUGAAAAAGUCAAAUGGUCCUACGUGUUACUCCUACACAUUAAAAAGAAGAGUGUUGUGAUCAAUGUAACAUGAGGGAAAGCUAAACACUGUGAUGUUUAGUUACUAGCUGUUGCAAAAAACAGUGCAUUAAUGUCAAAUCAUGUUAUGCAUUAACGUACCUGACUCUACCUGAGUGGAAGACGUACUUGCGCUCACAUCCUGGUGCUCGGCAUUGGUAUCCAUCCUUCUCAUUCUUCUCCAGACGUUGAACUUGUUCUGUAAUGUCAGGGAGAGUGCUUGCAUCAAACACAAACUGCUCCAGGUACUUUUCGAUCUGAUUAAAAAGCCAUGCCUUUUUGUCUUCUUUGGACUGCCAGGAUUGUGGAACUGUACACUUUGUCGGCUUAUCUGCAAUUAAAUUUUAAAUUGGUAAUUUGCACAUAUUUUUCAUAAUAUUUAUCCAAGAACACCUUUAAGCUAUAGCUUUUCUGAAUUCAGAAUAAGUAAAAUGUUUUUCUUAAUUAUUUUUAUCUAGUCCAAGGUACAAGUUUAAAAAGACAAAAUUUGAGCACACAGUUUAAGUUUUCUUAAUAUUCCAAACCCGUUCAACACAAAUGGUUGAGGACAAAUAAUAAUAAUUACUGCUCAAUUACUGCUCAAAAUAUAUGUAUCAUCACCUUGUACAGAUUUCAUUCCAGCAAAUUCCAUAAACGAGGCAAUAAUGUGGGCUUCAAUUUCUCGGUCGUGGAAGUCCUUGUAGGCAUUAAAGUCCACUUUAGGUCCCUUCUUGGCGUUUGUUUUUCCUGUCCUGUUCAUUGAAGCACACAUGCUCCCCACUUCACCCGAAGAAUCGUUACUGAAAAAAAUUUUCUUGUCCACCUACCCAAAAAUAGCAAUAAUUAAAAAGUGUUCACUUAACCUUCAAUCACUUGCAGUGUUUGUAUAUGUAUGAAGUUCAUGUGGGCCUGAAAUCUACCAACUCACUUCAUAAAGAGUAACUUUUGCAUGCCAAUCUGUGUGGCUUGGGUCUAGCCCUUUGAGGCAAUCAAUGGCAUCAUCCCCAUCAACAAAUGCCCAUUGAACAUUCCUGGCUCUUUCCUCUUUAACAAUAAAAAAAAUAUAUAUACAUUCAAGUAAUAAUAAACAUUUAUUUAUACACAGUGAAAUUACUGAAUAGCAGAUCUGGGUUAGGCAAAAGCAUACAGUAAGUAUGCCAUAAAAGGUUUCCAUCAAAACUUCUUCAGUGCAAAACAACAGUCUAGGUGAAAAAUAAUUAUUGUAGUGUCUCUUUUAUGUAAUUGCUCAAGUUCAUCAAACUGCAUUUUGUUGCAAGACACCCACACUAUUAGACCAUGAUGGAAAAAUUACUUUGUACGAAAGUCUAACCUGUGAGAGCAUCCCCGUCAAAGAAAAUUGGUACGACAAAUGAGAGAUCACCAUCUGCUUUCCUCUCAUGUGGCACAUACUUCUUUUGAUCAUCUUUAAGGAGCUGAGCCAUUUCAGACGACAUGUUUGAAUUAAGCAGAGACAAACCCAAGGUGUACUGCAAUAUUAUUCAAAGGACAAACAUGUUGAGAAAUACAAUGCCAAACUUUUUGGAAAUGCACUGUAAUAAUAAAAGUGGCUAAUGAAGAACAGCAGAGAUUGCCUGUUAACAAGCUUUUGCAGAAGCACAUCUGACUUAAGAAUGCACUUGUCCAGCCAUGCAUGCUCAUCUAUAAGGAAAUUCUUAAGACUCAUGAACACAAAAAGAUGGACAGCACAAGCCUGUUGAGGCCAAAACUGGGAAAUGCGCCCCCCCACCAUCUACCCCUGGGACUCUCAUGUUGCAUGACAUACAUGUAGCUAAAGCCUGAGCCACUGAAAAAUCCCU